GUUCGGACAUUGUUUUAAAAUAAUUCAUCCACCAUUCUUGGCGUCUCCGCACUUCAAAAAAGAGAAUUUCAAUUAAAACAGCAAAGAAUAUUAUUUGAAAUGUUUAUUAAUGGAAAUAGGCAUAAGUUAACGUUUAAACGCCCACACAAUCAUAUUGCCACCAACAACUACAAUAGAACAGCACGUGGUACUGUUAUCAACCAUAUUUGCAUACUCGUGACACUGCUUUUGCUGAUCUUUGUCUUUGCUAUUCGCGAGGCACACUCACGUCGACUGCAGCGCUGCGAAUUAGCAGGUCAACUGUACAUACUGGACAUAGCCAAAGAGGAGUUACCUUUGUGGCUGUGUAUAGCGGAAUUCGAGAGUCGCUUCAACACCGAUGCCAUUGGCUCGCGCAACAUGGAUGGCUCAUUGGACUAUGGCAUCUUUCAAAUAAGUGACAAAUUCUGGUGUAAACCCCAAAAUGAGUCUGCCUUUCAUUUCUACAAUGAGUGCAAUGUGGAUUGUAUCGAACUCAUGCAAGAUGAUAUCACCAAGGCUGUCAAGUGUGCCCAGUAUAUUAAAAAAAAACAGGGAUGGUCUGCAUGGACGGUUUACAACGAAUUCUGCAAUGGCAGCACCAACGUAAUCGAUGACAUUGAAAUUGAACAAUGCUUUAGCUAAGCUUAAAACAAGAGAUGUUUAUUUUUACGUUUAAAGACAAAUUUCUCAAUAUGCAGUUUACUUAAAAAAAAAUUACCAUUUAUCAAUUAAA